AUGAGCAACGGGGGCGGAAGACGUCCACGGCCCCCGCCCUUCGGGAGAAGCUCGGAGCCAGGCGAACCCUCCAACGACCAAGAGGACAAUCCGUUCGUGCGGCAGCUGGAGCUCAUGUUGAAAAAAUCGGCCGGCAACCGCGCGGCAGCAGUGUCGCCGCCCCCGCCGCGGGCGCGGGCUGCAGCAAACGCUGGGCCGACGUCGGCCUGGCGGCCGCGGGCUUCUCUUUCCAGCGGCGGUGGCGGCGCAGCGAGCGGGCGGGCGGUGGCAACAGGAGCUUCUCAGUACGGGGGGCAGUCUCUGAUGGCUAACAGUAAGCCGGAGGAGAAGAGGGCGGGCACCAGCAACGGUGGUGGCGGCCUUCCGCGCGCUCCGUCGCGAUCGCUCUUCUCGUUGCCCGAAUCCUCCUCCGACGAAGACGAGGACGCGUUCCAGCGGAGAUAUUUCGGCUUGCCGCCGUUGAGGAAACCCUCGGCGGCGGCGGCGGCGGCGACUUCCGUGGCGCCGCCGGCAGCCGCCCCGGCGGAAGCGAAAGUCGCGCGGCCGGGCUUCGACGGUGGCUGGCCCGAGACAAAGCGCUGCUCCCCGCCGAACCUGACGGCGUCGUUGAUUUCCAACGGCAGAGGUGCUGCGUACCGCAAGACAGAGGGCGGUCGCGGCGACAGCCGCGGGGAUGAAAGCGCCAACGGGAGCAAAGGAAACGGCAAGGACAAGGGACCGUCCGCGCGGGACGGAGAUGCCGCAUCCAGCGGCAGGGCGGGGCUGGGGAUCACCGGCGGUGGGUGGUACGGCGGGGCCGGGAUCACAAGGUCGCAACCAACCGCGCGGAGGAGAACCGGCGACGGGAUCGGUUCGGCCGGCGCAGCGGCGGCGGUCUCCGACAACGAGUGGAUGUCGGACGCGGAAGACCCGAGGGGCGCGACGCCCAACGCUGACUCCGCAACGAUGAGGGCAGGCGGGCUCAAGCGUGGCCGUACCCCUCCAACCCAUCACCGACCGUAUUCGCCCGGCAGCGACGGCAGCAACUGCGGCGGAGACGGUGGGCGUGGCAGGAAGACUGGGCGGCUGGAAGGGCGCUACCCGGCUCCGAUGCCGGCCCGGAGAGAGCGGUCUAACUCCCUGUCCCUCUCCCCGCCCCGACUGCUGACCUGCGACCACGACUACGUCACCAGCGACGAAGAGGAUAGUUCUAAGCCCGGCGCGUGGGGGCGGCGAAAGGGAAGCCGAGGGGGUGAGAGCGGGGGACGGAAGGAGCUGCAGCUGCUGUCGAACCCUGCCACCGCCGGCUCGACAGCGAUCGGACGUGGCCGAAAGCGGGGGCACGAGGACUUGCUCAACGAGAAGAUCAAGGCCAUGCGGGUCGGUUCGGACGGGGAAGGACCGCACGCCGGCGGCGGCGGCGGGGGGCGUGGAAGGAGGAGAGGUGGAGCGAUCAUGAUGGGCCCCGAUGAGGAGGAGGAGGAUAUUGACUACGAGGACCUCAAGCCGCACAUCGAGGACCCCCCCUGGCGAGGAGAACUGGUCCCGUUCGACCUCGAGGAAGGCGGAUUCAUCAACCCUUCCAUCAACCGUUACCUGCGGGACUACCAGCGAGAAGGGGUGCGGUGGCUGUACGCCAAGUUCCAGGCCGGGCAGGGCGGGAUCCUCGGCGACGACAUGGGCCUCGGCAAGACCGUGCAGUCGAUCGCCCUGCUGGCUUCGGUGCUGCGGAAGAGCGGCACCGGGCGCGACAGCGAGGAGCUGAGGAGGCGGCGAAAGGAGGGCUUACCGGCGAGCUCGACGGGCCUGCCUUGGCUCAUCGUGGCGCCGGCGGCCGUCGUUCCAGAGUGGAUAAAGCAAAUCAAGGUCUGGGGGCACUUUGCGGCCUACCAGCUCGAGUCCGGCAGGGACGCGGACGCCGGGCGGUACGAGGUGGUGGCCACCAGCUACGACCUGCUGCGCGCGUGCGUAGACCGGCUGAAGAAGCAGCGCUUCGAUGCCGUCAUCUUCGACGAGUACCACACCAUCAAGUCGGCCACCACCAUGGUCAGCCAGGCUGCGUGUGAGCUCAGGACCAAGCGGGUGUUCGGCCUGACGGGAACGCUGAUCCAGAACGAUAUGAAGGAGCUGUGGUUCCUGCUGCACCUCAUCGACCCGCUCGCCGUUGGAGAACAAUCCCGCUUCACGGAGCACUUCUCCGAGCCGAUCAAGCGCGCGAGGGCGAUGAACGCCACGGCCUCAGACAGGAGGCUGGGAGAGAAACGCCUCAAGGAGCUCGACGGCAUCCGCGACAAGAACAUGAUCCGGCGCACGAAGGACGAGGAGCUUGGGGACGUGCUCAAGGGCAAGUCGGACACCGUCGUAUUUUGCGACCUUAGCGAGGUCCAGCGCGAGCUGUACCAGCGGGUGCUGUCGCUUCCGGAGUUCCAGCUGCUCGCGAGGGCGAAGGAGCCGUGCAACUGCGGUCGAAGCGGGCGCCCGACGCGCGCCCGGUGCUGCCACAAGACGCCUGAUAGCCGCGGCGGGGGCGGCGACGGAGUGGACCCCCGCGCGGUGCUGUUCCGCAGGCUGCACCCCACGCUCAUGGAGUGCGAGAAGUGCCCGUUUUGCUGCCAGCUGCCGGCCGUGUCCAAGCUGCAGAAGAUCGCGAACCACCCGUGCCUGCUUCAGGAGAACAUCCGGGACCCCGAGCAAAAGCGGCAGCAACAGCGAAAGUUCGCCGAGGUAGCGUUCACGGACAGGGCGAAAGAGAUCAUGGGGGGGCUGGAGCGGUCACAGAAGUUCCUGGACGUUUCGAAAGUGGGCGUUUGCGGCAAGAUGAAGAGCCUCGAGACUCUGCUGGCUAAGUUCCACGAGACGCGGGACAAGGUGCUCGUGUUCAGCUGGAGCACCGCUAUGCUCGACGUCCUCGAGAGUUUCGUAGGUGCGAAGGGCUACGUGUACCGUCGGCUGGACGGGACUACCUCGGGCAAGGAGCGGCAGGCGAGGAUAAACGAGUUCAACUCGGACCGAGCGGGCGUGUUCGUAUUCCUCAUCAGCACGCGAGCCGGAGGGCAAGGCCUCAACCUCCACACGGCCUCCAGGGUUGUCCUGUACGACGUCAACUGGAACCCUGCGCUGGGUCUUCAGGCUCAGGAUCGCGCUUACCGCAUCGGCCAGAAGCGCAAGGUCGCGGUCUUCCGUCUGAUUUCGAAGGGCACCAUCGAAGAGAUGUGCUACAUGCGCCAGAUCUACAAGCUGCAGAUCACAAGCGCGGCGAUGGGAGAUCAAGCGCGAGGGGGGCGCCGGCAGUUCAACGCUGGUUCCAAGGAGCAACAGGGGGAGCUAUUCGGCAUCCAAAACCUCCUCAAGUUCAGCGACGACUCCCUGCUCAAGACCCUGCGCAUGAAGCACGAGGCCGGGCUGGCUGCCGCCACCGCAGCGGGAGGAGGGGCAGCGGCGGCGGCGGCGGGUGGUGCCGGGAGCAAAGGCGUGGGCGGUAUCACCGGGGUGGACGCGGCCGACGAGGGGGAUCUGGUGGUGGCCAUGAAGAACGCUCUCGGCCUUUCGAAGGAAACAGGCGCAAUGGGCGAGGGCGAGGGACCGCGCGAGGACAGCGAGCUGGCGGGCCUGCUGGGCGAUCUUGGCGUGGACGCGUACACACACGACCAGCUCGUGGCUAAGGACGAAGGAGAAGGGGAAUUGGCAGAAGAGAGCUGUGGCGUCGCGGAGCUGACACUAUCGCCGCUUCCUGCUGGUGGCGCGAGGACCGCCAUGGAGGAGACAAUCGCAAUGCCGCGCAGCGGUGGCGGUUGCGACGGCGGCGGCGGUGUCCUUGUCCCAAGCGCCGGUAGCGAGAGGAAGAGCGCUGCAAGGGCUACCGAGGGCGUUGUGGGUAGGAGCCAAAGUCUGGGUCCGAGAGGACCGAGCGUUAGUGGCGGUAGCGGUCAGGCACAGGCGACGGCGGCGGCGGUAGUUGAGAUCGAAGACGGGACGGCGGGGGCACCCGGCGGGGGGCAACCGCAGCAGCAGGAGCCCGCCAAGAAGCGGCGGAAUCUCGCGAGUCUCGGGUGGGGCAAGGGCAGGGCGGGGGUAGGGAGCAGUUCCGGUGCGCGGAUUGAGCUGUUCAUGCCGCAGUACGGAUCGGGCGGGGGGGGAAGGAAGUGACGGGUGGUUGGUUGUAUCUUGGUCUUUGGAACAACUCUUCCCGUGCUAGUUAGUCCAGUAUGUAUUGUGUAGUUUGCCGGCAUCGUCGUUUUGUGUGUGCCGUGUGGUUGGAGGAAAAGCCGUGGGCAGCAGUCCUUGUGAAUAUGCGUUCCGUUUGUUUGUUCCAACCGUGCAACCAACCCUGAUGGUGGGUGCUCUCAUC